GUAGCCUAAAGUCUCCCGAGUUUCUCAUCACUUCCUGAUAAGCGCUUGACUGGAUUCCCACAGGAUUGUCUUCCACCUCAAAGUGGAUGACAUUAAAUCAGUGCAGUUGAGAAAGUGAGAGAAGUUAAGAAGAAAAGAGGAGGAAAGGAGAGCAGAGUGACCAGGAAGAUCAGAUAAAGGACCAUAAGGUGUACAGCGAUGAAGAGUCAGGGUGAGGAGACAGAGGAAGAUGCCCUUCCUUCUGAAAAAACUCUGCAUGACAGCCAGACUAAAGCUCAGAGGAAAAAGUUGAAAAGAGAAGCCUCUCCUGUACCCAGCUAUGUGUCCAUGAAGAGUGAUCAGUCAAUUGAUAUCCCUUUGGUAUUCAAAGAUCGAAGCUUUUCUGAUGAUCAGAGGAAAAAGUUGAAAAGAGAAGCCUCUCCUGUACCCAGCUUGGUGUCCAUGAAGAGUGACAGGUCAAGGGGUCACCCCCUUAAUUUUAGAGAGAGACACUCCUCACAUAAAAAGAAGAAAAAGUUGACAAGAGAAGCUUCUCCUGUACCCAGCUUGGUGUCCAUGAAGAGUGACAGGUCAAAGGGUCACCCCCUUAAUUUUAAAGAACGACACUCCUCACAUAAAAAGAAGAAAAAGUUGACAAGAGAAGCUUCUCCUGUACCCAGCUUGGUGUCCAUGAAGAGUGAUCAGUCAAAGGGUCGUCUCAUUAAUUUUAGAGAGAGACACUCCUCACAUAAAAAGAAGAAAAAGUUGACAAGAGAAGCUUCUCCUGUACCCAGCUUGGUGUCCAUGAAGAGUGAUCAGUCAAAGGGUCGUCUCAUUAAUUUUAGAGAGAGACACUCCUCACAUAAAAAGAAGAAAAAGUUGACAAGAGAAGCCUCUCCUGUACCCAGCUGUGUGUCCAUGAAAACUGAUCAGUCAAAGGAUAUCCUUAUGGCAUUCAAAGAAGGAAGCUUUUCUGAUGAUCAGAGAACUGAAGUUCCCCAUUGUCAGUCUGCUCUGCUGGAUCAAAUAGACCUGGACUCUGUAUUUAUGCUGCUUGAGGAGAGCAUUGUCACUUUUGUGAAGAAUGAGCUGAAGAUGUUCCGGUUAGCUCUGACUCCAGAUUAUGCAGAAUCUUCAGAGAUGCAGAGCAAGGAUGAGGAAGUAAUGGACAUUGAAGAUGAAGAGCAGAGGAGGAGCAGCACAGAGUCAUUUCUGAAGAUCACACUGCACUUCUUGAAGAGACUGAAGCAGGAGGAGAUGGCUGACAUUCUGCAGAGCAGAAUGCCUGCUGUCAUGUGCCAACGUAAACUCAAAUCUAAUCUGAAGAAGAAGUUUCAGUGUGUGUUUGAGGGGAUUGCUAAGGCAGGAAAUCCAACUCUUCUAAAUCAAAUCUACACAGAGCUCUACAUCACAAAGGGAGGGACAGGAGAGGUCAAUGAUGAACAUGAGGUCAGACAGAUUGAAGCAGUGUCCAGGAAGACAGAAAGACCUGAGUCAACAAUCAAAUGUCAAGAAAUCUUUACCCAGACACCUGAAAGAGAUCAACCUGUACGAACCCUUUUGACCAAGGGAGUGGCUGGCAUUGGGAAAACAGUCUUAACACAGAAGUUCGCUCUCGACUGGGCUGAAGGCAAAGCUAACCACAAGAUACAGUUCACAUUUCCAUUCACUUUCAGAGAGCUGAAUUUGCUGAAAGAGAAAAAGUACAGCUUGGUGGACCUUGUUCAUCAAUUCUUCAAUGAGACCAAAGAAGAAGCUAUCUGCAGCUUUAAAGAGUUCCAAGUUGUGUUCAUCUUUGACGGUCUGGAUGAGUGCCGACUUCCUCUGGACUUCCGCAACAAUGAGAUCCUUACUGAUGUUACAGAGUCCACCUCAGUGGAUGUGCUGCUGACAAACCUCAUCAGGGGGAAACUGCUUCCCUCUGCUCGCCUCUGGAUAACCACACGACCUGCAGCAGCCAAUCAGAUCCCUCCUAAGUUUGUCGACAUGGUGACAGAGGUGAGAGGGUUCAGUGACCCGCAGAAGGAGGAGUACUUCAGGAAGCGAUUCAGAGAUGAGGAGCAGGCCAGCAGAAUCAUCUCCCACAUCAAGACAUCACUAAGCCUCCACAUCAUGUGCCACAUCCCAGUAUUCUGCUGGAUCACUGCUACAGUUCUGGAGGAUGUUUUGAAGAGCAGAGAGGGAGGACAGCUGCCCAAGACCCUGACUGAGAUGUACAUCCACUUCCUUGUGGUUCAGUCCAAACUGAAGAAUGUCAAGUAUUAUAGAAGAGCUGAGACAGAUCCAGUCUGGAACAAAAAGAACAAGAAGAUGAUCAUGUCUCUGGGAAAACUGGCGUUUGAGCAGCUGCAGAAAGGCAACCUGAUCUUCUAUGAAUCAGACCUGACAGAGUGUGGCAUCAAUAUCAGAGCAGCUUCAGUGUACUCAGGAGUUUUCACACAGGUCUUUAAAGAGGAGAGAGGGCUGUACCAGGACAAGGUGUUCUGCUUCAUCCAUCUGAGCGUUCAGGAGUUUCUGGCUGCUCUUCAUGUCCAUCUGACAUUCAUCAACUCUGGAGUCAAUCUGUUGUCAGAAGAACAAACCGACUGUCAAAGGUCUAAUGCAGUACAUGAAAAAUCUGACCUAAAAUGCCUCCACCAAAUUGCAGUGAACAAGGCCUUACAGAGUCCAAAUGGACACCUGGACUUGUUCCUCCGCUUCCUUCUGGGUCUGUCACUGCAGACCAAUCAGGCACUCCUACAAGGCCUGGUGACAGGAUCAGAAGGAGGAUCACGGACCAAUCAGGAAACAAUUGAGUACAUCAAGAAGAAGACUGGGGAGGAAUCCUCUGCAGAGAGAAAAAUCAAUCUGUUCUACUGUCUGAAUGAGCUGAAUGAUCACUCACUAGAGCUGGAUAUCCAGCAGUACUUGAGCUCAGGAAGUCUCACCGCAGAAAAACUCUCUCCUGCUCAGUGGUCAGCUCUAGUCUUCAUCAUACUGUCAUCAGGAAACGAUCUGGAUGUGUUUGACCUGAAGAAAUACUCUGCUUCAGAGCUGGGUCUGCUGAGGCUGCUGCCAGUGGUGAAAGCCUCCACAAAAUCUGUAAUGAGUAGCUGUAAACUGUCAUGGCGAAGUUGUGAUGCUCUGGCCUCAGUUCUAACCUCCCAGUCAUCUAGUUUGAGAGAGCUGGAUCUAGGUUACAACAAUCUGCAGGAUUCAGGAGUGCAGCAGCUCUCGAAAGCACUGGAGCAUGCAGAUUGUCGACUGGAAACUCUCAGAUUGACAGGCUGCACACUUUCAGAGGGAAGCUAUAAAGCUCUGGCUGCAGUUCUCAGCUCCCAGUCCUCCAGUCUGAGGAAGUUGGAUCUGAGUAACAACCACAUGCAUGAUUCUGACGUGAAGCUGCUCUCUGAUGGACUGAGAAGUCCACACUGUAAACUGGAGAAUCUCAGGUUGGAUCAGACCUACCUCAGAGGGAACUGUUGUCAAGAGUUCUCAUCCAUUCUGAGCACUCAGUCUUGUAGUCUGAGGAAACUGGAUCUGAGUAAUAAUGACCUGCAGGAUUUAGGAGUAAAACUGCUGUCAGCUGGACUUGAGAGUCCACACUGUAAACUGGAGUCUCUUGGGUUGUCAGGCUGUCUGAUCACAGAGGAUGGCUGUUCUUCUCUGGUCUCAGCUCUAAACUCCAACCCCUCUCACCUGAGAGAACUGGACCUGAGCUACAAUCAUCCAGGAGUAUCAGGACUGUUGAUGCUCACUGCUGGUCAAAAGAAUCAACACUGGAGACUGGAAACUCUCAGUGUGGACAAUUGUGGAGUCCAAUGGCUGAAACCAGGUCUGAGGAAGUAUGCCUGUGAGCUAACGCCAGACAUAAACACAUCACACAGAAACCUCUUGCUCUCUGGGGAAAGAAUUUUGAAAAAGAUUGAUGAGGAGCAACCAUAUGCUGAUCACAAGGAGAGAUUUGACUGCUGUCAAGUGCUGUGCCAAAAAGGUCUUAGUGGCCGCUGUUACUGGGAGGUCGAGUGGGAAGGACUGGUUGAUAUUGCAGUGACUUACAAGGGAAUCAGAAGGAGAGGAAACAGCGCUGACUGCAGGUUUGGAGGGAAUGACAAGUCCUGGAGUCUUUGUUGCUGUGGUGGUGGUUACUCUGUCUGGCACAAUAACAGAAAAAAUGUCAUACACCCAUCUCGGUCCUCUGCCUUUGACAGAGUAGCAGUGUACCUGGACUGGCCUGCUGGCACUCUGUCCUUCUAUGGUGUCUUCCAUGACACACUGAUCCACCUCCACACCUUCAGCUGCACAUUCACUGAACCCCUUUACCCUGGGUUUGGAGUAGGGUCCUCAGUGUCUCUGUGCCAGCUAUAAGAGGGAAUGUAUGAGGGAAUGUGAAUGAGAAGAGCUCAGAGACAUGAACUCCUGUUACAAAAAACAAGCCCCCCCAAAAGUUCAAUGAGUUAAAGUAAAGUUAAAGGGGACCUAUUAUGCUCAUUUCCAGCUCUAUAUUUUUAUAGUGGGAUUCCACUAGAGUAGCUUUG